AUCAUUUUAUAGGAGAUUGUUUGAGAAACGCGAUUGUUUACACUUUGCUGAGGCUCAUGGGAGAUUGCGAGCUGAGGCUCAUAGGAAAUUGCGGAUGGCUAAUGCUAUAACGAUAGCUGCUAUACGCGCGAGGCUAUUUCAUGUCAAAAUAGGCUGCUCUGUUAAUGUUAAGAUGGCCAUUCCGCUCCUUUGGCAAUUCUUCGAGCUGUACCCAUCUGCAGAGGUGGCCCGCCGAGCUGACCGCAAGGUCAUGUCGGAACUCCUGAAGCCGCUCGGCCUCUUUGACCUUCGGGCCAAAAUCAUCAUCAGAUUCUCAGACGAAUACCUGAGCAAAGCGUGGCGUUACCCCAUCGAGCUGCACGGCAUCGGGAAGUACGGCAACGAUUCCUACAGAAUCUUCUGUGUGGAGGAAUGGAGACAGGUGAGGCCUGAUGAUCACAUGUUGAACAAGUAUCAUACUUGGCUGUGUGAAAACCAAGAGACGCUGGGAAUCUGACAACAAUGCCAAGAGGUGUCAGUCAUCAGUGGACAUUUUUUUAUUAGGACUAUUUUAAUUUAAAGGGACGGUAUAAUGGGUUUUUUUUUAGGUUGUCUCUGACUGGUCAACAACUCUUUGUACGUUUUUUUUUUUUUUUAAAUCAGAGAUGCAAAUAAAACUUUCUAGAUUCAGUUUUUUACGCUGUUACCCCAUCGAGCUGCACGGCAUCAGGAAGUACGGCAACGAUUCCUACAGAAUCUUCUGUGUGGAGGAAUGAAGACAGGUGAGGCCUGAUGAUCACAUGUUGAACAAGUAUCAUACUUGGCUGUGUGAAAACCAAGAGACGCUGGGAAUCUGACAACAAUGCCAAGAGGUGUCAGUCAUCAGUGGACAUUUUUUUAUUAGGACUAUUUUAAUUUAAAGGGACGGUAUAAUGUUUUUUUUUAGGUUGUCUCUGACUGGUCAACAACUCUUUGUACAUUUUUUUUUUUUAAAUCAGAGAUGCAAAUAAAACUUUCUAGAUUCAGUUUUUCA